AUGCCACGCAAAGAUAUGAGCUCACCGGCAAAACGCCGUCCUCCUCCUGGAGGCACCGGGCCCAAAGGCGCCAGCGGCAGCAUCAGCGGGGCACGCUCACCUCCACGUCCGUCCCGCACCGUCGCCACCAGUAACACUACCACCGCCCCCGGCAGCAGCAACACCUACAUCGCCCCUCCCCCUCGAGCCGCCCUCAGCGGCACCUCCUCCCCGACCCCCGAUAAUCCGCGCAACAACACCACCUCCAGAGACCCAAUCGGCGCCGUCCCGAGUCCCCGCCUGGGCGGCCUUGUUACCCGACCAAGCACCACCACCAGCCGCUCCCCGUCCCCAGCCACAAACCAAAUAGGACAGAUAGGUUCAGGAGUUUCAGGAGCAGGAGCAGGAGCAAGAGUAGAGGGACCCACACAAAUCGCAACAGCCACCUCCAGCUCCGCCUCCCCGGCAUCCACCACCCCCCUCGCAACAGCCCUCCAAGGCGCCCUCCGCGAAAAGGACCUGCGCAUCGCCUCUCUUGAGAGCGAGCUCGCCCUCAUGGAGUCCGAGUUCCAUCGCGAGCUGGACAAGCUGAGCAGCGCCGAGAGCGAGACGGCGGCGUACUGGCAGGGAAAAUGCGCCGCGCUGGAAAAGCAGGUGGCUACUGUCAUUCUCUCGUUGCAACACCAGCCGCCAUUUCCGCCGUCACGGCCGCAUCAGCAGGGGGUUGUUGGAGUUGGAGAUGGGGAGGGUGGCGGUGAGCGGGAACGGGAACGGGAGCGGGAGGAGGAGCUACGGGAGGCGAGGGCGGCGUGGGCCCGGACGAGGGAUGUGCUUGAGCAGAGGGAGCAGGAGCUCAGAGAGGUUAGGGCGCAGGUCCGGGGGCUGAAGGAAUGGGUCAGUGUGAGUACGAGGGCGCACGGGGAAGCGCAGACGAGCGAUGAAGUGUUUGGGGAGGGGAUGGCGAGGCUGGGGAAUAGGCUGCAAAAUUGGGUGCUGGUAAACUUCAGGCGGGCGAGGGUUGGUGAGUACUGCUCUGGCCCUGGCGCUGGUUUGCGAUUGAGUGGCGGACUGACGGUAGCAGAUCUCUCGGGCGCCGAUGAGGAUGCGAUAUCGGAGUUGGCGCGUCUAGUGCCCAUGUACGAAGACCUGGCUUCGGCCUCCAGAAUCCAUUUGCUUCAGUCGCUCGUGUCGCGGGUGCUUGUGGAACUCGUGUUUAACGCCUACUUCGUGGGGCUUCCGGCCGAUGUGGCGGCGCAGAUCAAACAGGUCGAGGUGUUCCUCUCCUCGUUAGCAUCACCCGAGUCGAUAAACCAGUGGCGGUCUCUCACCCUGACGAUCGUUAAGAGAGAUGCCGGCGAGAAGCUACAGACAGGAACAGCCGCCAUCGUCGACAUGGUUGUAUCCAAGGUCAGUAGCCUCCUGGACGCAAUCACAAACACGAAAUCAAGUGAAUCGCGAGACCAAGGACUCCAAGCCCUCGUCACCAGCGCGAUUGAGCUCUCGCGGCUGUUGGCAGUGCAAAAGGCCGUCUUCAAAGUCGAAAUGCCCGAGAUCCUCCCGCAUCAACGGACCAUGUUUGAUCCUGAGAUCAUGGAAGAUAUUGGUGGCGAGGACGAAGACAGCCUCGCAGACCGCGAGAUCUGCUGCGUCACGUUCCCGGGCAUCAUCAAACGGGGCGAUGAGAGUGGCGGGCAUUUGCAGUACCGCAAUGUCAUAUCCAAGGUCAAGGUGCUCUGCAGUCCGGAGUGA